AUGGUACUAUUCAGACGCAGUAGAUUAUUAAAUAAAAGGAAUUUAAUCUUUCUAUAUCCAAAGAGUUCCGAUAAAAAUGGAAAUACAUUUCACGUAAAAUUUGUAUCAAAUAAUGCUGCAGAAAGUGUAAACGUACAACUAUCUAAUGGGGUAACACUGACAUUAUCAACUGGGAAAUAUGCCCGGUUUACGAGUGGUAGUGUUAUUGCCUCAUUAGGCAAUACCUCAGUUAUGACCACUGUGGUUAGAACUGGUAAAUCACAGAACGAUUCUGGUGUUCCAUUAAUAGUAAAUUAUCGACAAAAAGCUGCUGCAAUGGGGCGUAUUCCAACGAAUUUUUUUCGUAGAGAAAUAGGCUACACAGAUCAAGAAAUUCUUACCAGUAGAGUAAUAGAUAGAUCUAUACGUCCUCUCUUUGAACCAGGAUAUUUUUAUGAAACACAAGUAAUAUGUAAUUUAUUAGCUGUCGAUGGAGUUAACGACCCAGAUGUGUUAGCUAUUAAUGCAGCAUCUGCAGCUUUAAGCAUUUCGGAUAUUCCAUGGAACGGACCUGUAGCAGCUGUAAGAGUGGGUCUUAUCGAUAAACAACAUGUAAUCAAUCCUACGAAACGCGAACUUCAACAAAGCAAAUUAAAUCUUAUUUUAUCAUGUACAUCUAAAAAUCUUGUAGUCAUGAUAGAAGGAUCGGCCAAUGAUAUUUUACAGCCACAACUUUUAAAAGGAAUAAAAGUAGGUGCUAAAGAAUGUAAUAAAAUUAUACAGUCUAUAAUGGAAUUAAAACAACGGAUUGGUAAACCGAAAUUAGAAAUUGUCCAAGACAACGAAUCAAAGAAUGAUAUAGAAGAGUUUGUGCGAAACUUUGCCGAACGUGAAUUACGUGAUAUUUUGACCUGUUAUACUCAUGACAAAGCUUCACGAGAUAAUGCUGUUGCUGAUGUUAAAAACAGAAUGAUAGAAAGUAUGACAAAUCAUGAUUCACAAUUUGUUUCAAAUGUAACAAAAGUUUUCUACGAGGUUUUGAAAAAAAUUUUCAGGUCUAUAAUAAUUGAAACAGGGAUAAGGUGCGACGGUCGUUUUUUGAAUGAAUUGAGGAAUAUAGAAUGUAAAGUUAAUUUGUUCUCUCCUCUUCAUGGGUCUUCCUUCUUUCAAAGAGGGCAAACUCAAGUUUUAUGCACAGUAACACUCGACAGUAUAGAAAGUUCUCUGAAACUAGAUGCUGUUUCAAUAUUAUCUAGUGGCGUGAAGGAGAAAAAUUUUUUUUUACAUUACGAAUUCCCUCCAUAUGCUACAAAUGAAACAGGUUCUCUUACCAAAGUUGAUCGUAGAGAAGUGGGUCACGGAGCGUUAGCAGAGAAAGGAUUGCGUGCAGUUGUACCAAAAGAUUACCCAUUUGCUAUAAGAUUGACAAGCGAAGUAUUAGAAUCAAACGGUUCUUCAUCUAUGGCCUCUGUUUGCGCUGGUAGUUUAGCAUUAAUGGAUGCAGGUGUGCCAAUAUCAGCCCCUGUUGCUGGUGUAGCUAUGGGAUUAAUAUCUGAUCCUGAUAAUACCGAUUUAGAUCCAGACGAUUAUAAAAUAUUAACAGAUAUUUCAGGUAUAGAGGAUCACUUUGGAGACAUGGAUUUUAAAAUAGCCGGUACAAAAAAAGGAUUUACCGCUUUCCAAGUUGACGUAAAAGUACCAGGUGUCCCUUUAACAGUGAUAAUGAAAUGUAUUCAAGAAGCAAAUUCGGCGAAAAGUCGAAUUAUUCAAAUCAUGAACGAAGUAAUAUCGUCUCCAACGGUAGAUAGAAAUGAAAAUAAACCUGUACUUGAUACUAUCGAAGUACCUCUGCAUCAAAGAGGAAAAUUUCUUGGAAUUGGAGGUGCAAAUUUGAAAAAAAUCUUAUACGAAACAGGAGUUAAUAUACGUUCGGAAAGUGAUACAGUGUUCUCCAUAUUUGCGCCUAAUCAAGACGCAAUGAACUACGCCAAAGAAAUAAUGAAUGAAACGCUGCAGAAAGAUGGGGAACCAGUAUUAGUAUUUGGUGAUAUUUAUACGGCUAAAAUAACCGAAAUCCGGGAAAAUGGGGUCAUGGUUACGUUGUAUCCUACAAUGAUGCCAACGCUAUUACCUAAUUCUCAAUUAGAUCAGCGUAAAAUACAUCACCCUAGUGUACUUGGAUUUGAAGUCGGAAAUGAAAUAAAAGUGAAAUAUUUUGGACGAGAUCCGGCGAAUGGACACCAUCGAUUAUCACGAAAAGUGUUGCAGGAUCCAGUUUCUUCUGCAAGAAAUUUCAACCUUACAAAAGAGACUCUGGAUGCACAUAAAGCACCGGUACACGGAUCCUCAGAAGACGAAAUUGACUUAUCAACGUAAGAUCGUCGAGGAAAAGACAGAGAAUUUGGAAGAGAAACCGAACAACGGUGGGGAUGUGAAG